AUGUCUUACAUGAGAUCUACCUGGAUUUUACAGAUGAGAUCAUGCACUUACCAUCCCAAGUAUGGAUUUGGGGCUUUUGGAGUGUUCCCUUUGCUGUUGAAAAGGCAAUCGUCUGAACAUUAUGGCCACAUGGGGUUGAGAUAUGGUUCUGAAAAUCUAUCCUUUGGAGUCACAUUUAGUCCUUUUGCUGUGAGAGAUGAAUUACCGAAAAGUGCACGGCUGGUAAGCAAGAUGGGAAGGGUGACUGCUGGGGUGCAGUAUGAACCACAGCAAGGAAAUGCAAAACUUUCAAAUUUGAAGAACUGGAGUUGUGCCAUGGGCUAUGGUGUUGGAUCAGGCAGCUCCUUGUAUCCAUCCUUCAAUGUCGGCCUUGAGCUUGUCAAAAGCUCUCAGUUUGUUGCCUCAUUCUAUCAACAUAUGGCUGUUCAAAGACAGGUGAAGAAUUCCCGUGACAAAUCCAUUGUUGGAAUUACAAACUACAUUGAUUUUGGGUUUGAGUUACAAACAAGUGUGGAUGAAGCCAUAGCAGGAAACAAUAUCUCAGACUCAAACUUUCAAUUAGGCGCGUCCUGGCAGGCCAAUGAAAACUUCUUGCUGAAGGUUGGAUCUCGGAGCUCAUCCAUGGCAUUUGCUUUCAAGUCAUGGUGGAAACCUUGUUUCACUUUCACUAUUUCAGCCACUAGAGAUCGUGCUGAUGGUAAAAUGCAAUACGGAUUUGGCAUCCAAAGUGAGAGCCUCAGGGAAGCCAGUUAUCAAAGAGCUGAUCCCAAUUUUGUAACCAUCACACCAAACAAGAGCCACUUAGCAAAAGCAAGAUAUUUUGAAGCCGCCUUACCUAGAGAAUAUAAAAUUUUGUAA